AUGCAGUACGUUGGCAAGUUCGUUUCUACGGUGUACAACACCAUCACCCCCAACAUCAACCCGGCCACUCUCAGCGGUGCCAUCGACGUCAUCGUCGUAGAGCGAACCAUUGACAAGGAGGAUCAAGUCGAGGUCGACGCUCGAGGCAAUGAGCUCUCCGAAUCAGAGCAAGGCAAGCUACCCGAGCACGAGCGCAAGUACAAGACUGUCACGCGUCAGACCACCGAGCUCGCCAGCACACCAUUCCAUGUUCGAUUCGGCAAGAUGAGCGUGCUACGACCAGGUGAGAGAAAGGUCACGCUCCAUCUCAACAGCUCGACCGAUCCACUUCCCUUUGCCAUGAAGGUCAGCGAUUCCGGCGAGGCCUUCUUCGUGCUCGAGAUUGACGAUGAGGACGAACGGAACAACAUCCCUGCCGAUCUCGUAACUAGUCCCAUCCUCAGCGCUGCAUCCAGCCCGUUCACCUCUCCCGAAGAUGGCGACGCUGAUUUUGCACAGCAAGGAUCGGCAGACGUGGAACCUUUGGAGCUCGGAGAAGCUGAGGAGCUGCCGCCUAUCACGCAUGAGUCGGAUCUCAUGUCGGCAGGUUUCAACGACAAUGGCGAGGAAAACAGUAAAGAAAAACUUAAGGAGAACAAGCAGAGCGGUGAGCCAAACGAAGAAGGCGAUCUCAAUGUCCCUUCCGACUCCACCAAGACCGGCUCCGGUUCCGCUGCAGGCUCUGAUUCGCUGCUCGACAAGGUUGGCUCGGCUGCGUCUAAAGCGAGCGGCGUCCUCGGUGCUGCAGGCAGAGCCGUCAUCGGUGGCGGCGCCAAUCCUCGCCUCGACAAGACGGCUGAGAAGGCGCAACGCUCCGACUACACCGACAACAUGACCGGUGCCCCCGUCGACGAGGACCGCGAGGAUGCCCACGAAUACGAGCCCGAGCAAGGUGGCCCACAGGGCAAGAAAAGGCAAGAGGCGCAGGACGAGUCGGCUACUCACGACGAGCCCGCCAACGAAACCGAGCGACUCGAAAAGCAGCUGCACCAAAAGGCGAUGAAGGUGGUCGAGGACGAGGCUCAGAGCGAUCACGACAGCGGGAGCAUCCGUAGUCUUGACUCUGGUGAGGAGGCGUACCCUGCUCCAUUCGGGACAAGCAGGAAGGCCUCGUCAAAGAGCAAGACCAAGUCUGUUGCCUCGAUUCACCACUCGGAAUACCUCGGCGGCAAGCGUCUCAAGCCUGUACCCAUUGGCGACGGUAACAGGACGAUUGACCCUGCGAUGACGGAUGCCUCCACUCACAUCUACAGGCACGAGAAGCGGCAACAGUCAAAGCACAGCAGCGACCGUGUCAGGCGCCAAGCCGAGACGACUGACGACGACGAUGAAGAUACCGCUGUGGACGAUGACGAUGACGAAGACAAAGUCCGAUCGGGCGAGGCAGACGCCGAUGACGACGAACCUGUCGGCACUGUUAAGGUCAAGCAACGCAAAGAGGAUCUGCAGUACAUGCUCGAUAUGGACGGAUACAAGAUGACGCAGGAUGGCGAGGACCUCGCCUACCAAGAAGGACACCGCUUCGCGGACGAAAUGCCUCUAGGACGCCGCCACGGCGGUAAGGGUCGCAACGGACACCCAGAUCGCAUCAACGGACCGGGUCAUCAACAUAAAGUCUCACUACCUGGCGGGUCCACCACAGCAAUGCGACGAGGGUCUGGCUCGCGAUCGCAUCGACCCAGCUUCUCGGUCGAUUACCGCACAAACCGAUCAUCCAACUCGCAGAGCCGUGAGCGCGAAGCACGCCGCGAAAGUAUGGACGACACUGCCGCUGCCAAUCUGUCCAAAUUCAACUCGCAGUUUGGCGCAUCGCAUCUCGGCGCCAUCUCUUCGCAGAGCGGGCAUCAGGACGAGCUCGAGCUGUCGCGUGACCUGGCCAAGCUCGCGCGGAUGAACCGCGCGAGCGAGUUUGGCGGCGAGGCCCGUGCCAGAGGUAGACGCCAGCCCAAGGGUCCCGAGACGCUUCGAAGACACGCCUCACUCACUAAUCGCAGCAAGCAGACGGAUGCCAAAGCACGCACUGCCACCAAGAGGACAGGCAAUGGAUCGACAUCUGGCCACACGCACGAAUUCUCGCUGUCGGACACCGAGGCCGAAGUGCCAAAUGCCAAAUCGACUUCAGGACACAACUCGAUCGAGAACUCGACCGAGGGUCUUGCCUCGAACUACACGGUGUCCGACGUGGUGACGAGUCUUCGGGAUCUGCGUCUGCCGAGCGAGGAGUCGCCUCCCAUCUACAUGGAUGGCAGUGCGGCUCACCUUGGUCUGUCAAACAACAGUCGCUGGCAGUGGGCCGACCCUGCCGGCGACUCAUCGGCCUCGACACCGACUGGCGAGCCGAGCACUCGCCGACGCACCCGCUUCGCCAGCAGCGACGGCCUAGCCAGCCGAUCAUCGGACGCUGCGGCGCUCGAAUCGCUGCGUCGCCACACAGCAGGCGGCGAGGUGAGUGGCAAGCUGACCAGCUCCGAGUCGGAGCCGUACACGUUCCUGCUGCAGCUGGAGGAGGCGUCGCACUCGUUCGAGCUGAGUCUGUGCUACAGCGACGCGUUCGGGCAGGACGACGAGGUGGAUGAGUAUGCGUUCGUGGAGAAUCGCGUCUCGUUCGAGCGUUUUGCGCACGACGAGGACGUGGUCAACGACGAGCGACUCGUCAUUCGAUACCACGACCGGUUCCUGACGUGGGAAAACGCGAGCGCUGUGCUGGCGACGCUGUCGCUGUACCGCCGGACGUUGUCGGGCGCCGCAUCGGCUGCCAACAUUGACGAAGAGGCGGACGAAGCGGAGCCGUCGUCGCGAUCGAGCUACUGGUCGCGCUGGUUCAAGCGAAGCAGCAGGAGCAUUUCGGAUCUCAAGCAAGUCGCGGACGGCCAAAGUGCGUCCACCGACGACUUGGCGACCACCGCCACACAAAAGCCGAAGAGAGGCCCUCAUACUCCUGCAUCCAUUGACACAUCCAUCGCCCGAUCCAACACAGACUCUGUGCUGCUCGAGACGGACAAGACGUUGGCGGAUCAGCCCGCAACGACGCCCAGCAAAGCAGCCGCUGCUGUCGCCGCCAGGACCGGCAAGACGUACGCUAAAACGCUCCGUCUCACCUCGGACCAGCUCAAGUCGCUCAACCUGCGCAAGGGCGCCAACAGCAUCACGUUCAGCGUGACCUCGUCCUAUUCUGGUGUCGCCACGUGCACCGCUCGCAUCUUUCUGUGGGAGUCGAACCACAAGAUCGUCGUCUCGGACAUCGAUGGGACGAUCACGAAAUCGGAUGCGCUAGGGCACGUGUUCACCAUGAUCGGACGCGAUUGGACGCAUAUUGGUGUGGCCAAGCUGUAUACGGACAUUGCGAGGAACGGGUACCGCAUCAUGUACUUGACGAGUCGGGCGAUCGGACAGGCGGAUUCGACGCGCGAUUACUUGAAGGGGAUCAGGCAGAAUGGGUACCAGCUGCCGGAUGGGCCCGUGAUCAUGUCCCCGGAUCGACUGAUCGCGAGUCUGCACAGGGAGGUGAUUCUGCGCAAACCGGAAGUGUUCAAGAUGGCGUGUCUGCGCGAUAUUGCCCGUCUGUUCGGUGCUGAUCCGCGCACGGCGCACUCUCAACCUGGAGGGGACAUCAAGAACCUCGAUCCUGAGGCGAUCGACAAAGCCGAGACCGGUGCAGGCGUGGAUGACUCUCCCGCUGCGGGCGCUGCCACCGCCGCCCCCUCAUCCGACACCGCACCUCUCUCCCCCUCUCCAUCUAACCUCUCCUCCCCGACCCUCGCCUCCAUCCCACCACUCGACCCCGAACCGCGCAACGAACACCCCACGCCCUUCUACGCCGGCUUCGGCAACCGCAUCACCGACGCCCUCUCCUACCGCUCGGUCAACAUCCCCUCCUCGCGCAUUUAUACGAUCGACACCAACGGCGAGGUCAAGAUGGAACUGCUCGAACUGGCCGGUUAUAAAAGCUCGUACAUUCAUAUGACGGAUUUGGUGGAUCAGAUGUUCCCACCGAUCACGGCGAAGGAGGAGAAGGAGCCGAGGAAACCCGAGUUUAACGACUUCAACUUCUGGAGGCCUGCGGUGGUCGAGGUGGAGUUGCCGGGGGAUGACGAGUUGCUGGGGACGCCGCCGGUGAGUCCUGCGCUCAGUGCGAGGAGUGGGAGGAGUGCGAGGAGUGUGCGGAGUGUCACGAGCGAUAGUGGGACUGCGGAGAAGGGGGAGGAGAAGGUGGGCAGGUUGUCGAGGUUCGGAUUGGGCAGUCUGGGCUUGAGCCGGAAAGGAUCGCAGAAUCGAGGUGAUACGAACCCGGCACCCGAAGAAGAACGACGGAUGAGAGCGACCUCUGCAGAACCCGCCCUGGAAAGCAUCUCCACCUCCCCCAGCAGCUCCUCCUGGACCGCACCCUGGAGGAGAAGAGCCGCUUCCCCCGACCCUGACUUCGGAACACGCGCAACGAGCCCCCUCAUGGGCCCCGUCCUCACCGCCGAACCCGAAUCCGAAGACGAGGGCAACGACGACGAUGACGAGUUCUACGACUCUGGCGACGGCGACGACGAUGAUGUUGGGACAUUCGAUUUGGAUGCUCCCAGACCGAGCGUGGGGGGGAGGAAGAUUAGUAAAGGCAGACCGAGCGAGGAUGAGGCGGAUGAGGAGGAUGAGGAUGAUGAGCUGCUCGAGACGGGAGAGAUACGGUUUGAGUGGAAGGGAUGA